UUCAACAACAUCUAUAAGACUAUCACUUCUCACAUAACUAAGAGCGAGUUGAUAUAACAAUGAGUACUACAUUGCUUUCAUUCCUUCUCUCCUACUUCUUCAUAUAUCACACUUUUGCUUCUGCCAAAUGUCUCCAAGAUCAACAAUCAUUGUUGCUUCAAUUAAAAAACAAUUUCACAUUUGAUCCUCAAUUUUCAACGAAACUAAAAUUGUGGAAUGAAAACACGGCUUGCUGUAAUUGGAGUGGUGUAACAUGUAACAAUGAGGGACAUGUUAUUGGCCUUGAUCUUAGUCAAGAAUCAAUCUAUGGUGGAUUUGACGAUUCAAGCACUCUUUUUAGUCUCCAAUAUCUCCAAAAACUGAAUUUGGCUUAUAACUAUUUCAAUUCUUCCAUACCAUCAGGAUUCCGCAAGUUGGCGACGUUGAAUUAUCUGAAUUUGUCAAAUUCUCACGUUGUGAGGAAUAUUCCUAUGGAGAUUUCAAAGCUUACAAGAUUGAACUUCCAAGGAAAUCAAUUACAAGGGCCAAUUCCCAGGUCUCUAUUCCACUGCUCAUCAUUAGAGGUAUUGGACAUUGGAUCAAAUCAAAUUAUUGAUCAUUUUCCGUGCUUCUUAAAUGAAAUACCAAAACUUAGUGCCUUGGUUUUGAGGAAUAACAGAUUUCAUGGUUCUAUACAAUGUUCAGAAAAUAAACCUUGGAAGUCGAUUCAAAUUGUGGACAUUGCUUUCAACAACUUCAAUGGAAAACUACCUACACAGUAUUUUAAAACUUGGGAAAGAAUGAUAUAUGAUGAAAAUGUUGCACAUGACAUCAACUACAACAUGUCACGAGACUACCCAUAUUAUCAUGAUAGUGUUACAGUUACAUGUAAAGGCCAACGACAAGAUUUGGUUAAAAUUUUAACAAUUUUCAAAGCCAUUGAUUUCUCAUUCAAUUCUUUUGAAGGCCGAAUACCUCUUUCGUUGAUGGACUUCAAAGCACUAUAUGUUUUGAAUUUUUCAAACAAUGGUCUUACAGGUGAGAUCCCAUCUUCAAUAGGGAACAUGAAACAAUUAGAGUCAUUGGACUUCUCAAAUAACUCCUUGUUUGGUGAAAUUCCAGUGCAACUAUCAAAUUUGUCCUUCCUUUCUUAUUUGAACCUAUCCUUCAAUAAUUUGGUGGGGAAGAUUCCAACAGGUACUCAACUUCAAUCAUUUCCAACUUCUUCCUUUGAAGGGAAUCGUGGACUAUAUGGUCCUCCAUUGGAUGAAAUUCCAAUUGGUGAAACAGAGGACUUGCAUCCACAACCAGCAUGUGAAAAACUAGCUUGUUCAACAGAGUGGAACUUUUUAUGUGUUGAAUUUGGAUUUGUUUUUGGACUUGGAAUGAUCAUUGGACCUAUCAUGUUUUGGAAGAAAUGGAGGGUGCGAUAUUGGAAACUUCUAGACAAAAUUCUUUGUAGAAUUUUUCCUUGGAUGCAUCUCGAAUAUGCAACUAAGAGAGGAAAAACGUAUACAGUUUUAAGGUGGUAGUGGCAUUCAUCACAGAAUAGUGUGCUAUUUAGUAAAGUAGUGUUUUACUAUUUUCAAUUAUGUUGUUCUUUAUGUGUACUUGUUUGUGGCUUUGGCUAAUAUGCAUAAGGAUUUUCCUUAUGCACCAUGCAUAAGUCUAUAUAAGUCAUUGGAUCAUGUUUUUAAUCCAGUAUUGAGUAUUGAGUAUUGAGUGACGAGUAUUGAAUAUUGAGUAUUGAUGUCUAGAAUUUGAUCCAAGGGUCCAUAAUAAUCUAUGCACGGUAACUGCACCCCUUGUUUGUGAUAUGCUCUAUAAAAUUUGAAUUAAAUAUCGUCCACGUAGAU